GAAAAAAAAACCCUAAAUUCACAAAAACUCUUAGCUCACUCUCAACCUAGCUCUCGAUCUCUAAUCUCGCCGAUCCCUUUGACUCCCAGACCCUCAUUUUCUAUUUUCUAUUUCCAAACCCACCACCACCUCUCUCUCUCUCUAGCCCAAUCCCUAACAAAGACAAGGCAAGGCCUUCAUCUUCUUCCAAAACCGCCAUGAAAGUCCGGUCAGUGAAGCUCAGGGAGGCCCACAAGGCCUCCUCCUCCAGCAAUGGCCGUGGCGGCGGCUCCUUCUGCUUCGUGGUGUAGGACCAGCAAGCGAAUCACCUCGUCACUGCCUCCUCUUCUGAUCCUUUUAUCUCCAUCCACGACCCUCUUCUUCCGUCAAGCGCUCCCAGGAUCCUCCGCCACCACCGCAACGGCGUCACCGCCAUCGCCAUUAGCCCCAACUCCACUUGCCUCGCUUCUGGAUCCAUCGAUCACUCCGUCAAGCUCUACAAAUUUCCCGGAUCCAAGGGAGAAGGCUAAAUCAGAGACAAGGGAUUGGUUGAACAAUGUGGUACCAAAAUUUCUGUCAAAAAGUAGUCCUCAUAAGAACUGAUCAGUACCAUCAAAGCUCCAAUAUGUGCAUUGCAGAUUAGAAGUCCGGAACCUUGUUGGAGACUCUAAAACAGGUUAAGAAUUUAAUAGCUUGAUUUGGUUAUUGUGAAUUGGCUACUGCAAAUCUUUCUGGUCAACUGGUUCCACAACUUGGUCAGCUUUUAAAUCUGCAAUACUUGUAAGUCAUCUUGACAUGCAGGGCAAGUUGUUUGACUGUAUUUUUUUUUUUUUUUUUUUUUUUUUUUUUUUUUUUUUUUUGUGUUGCAUGAGUUAGUGCCAGGAUAUGUCCACACAAGAAAUAGACUUCACUACCCAUAAGAAAUUCUUAGGCUGCUUGUAAAACCCCCACCUCCUUGAUUAAUUAUAGUUGGGUCCUUUUCUCAUUUGAAGUUCAUCUCUGCAUGUAAAAACCAAAGUUUGUUGGGAACUUUUAUUUUAUAUGUAAUUAUUUGGAUAUGUAAUUAAUCUUUUGGCAACGAACUUAA